UGCAGCUAAAACGGCAAAAAAAAAUCCGACAAAGUGGUACAUUGCACAUAAUUAAGACAUCGACUAAUCAGUUCCACAGACAGUGCCGCACUAUCGUUCGUUCGUAUCGUUUGUAUGAGUGCAUUUAUUUACCCCAAUGAAAUUUGUGCUAAUUUGUACCAGCAAUGUAUGUCGAAUCCGUCAAAGAUCGGCGAACUGUUCCGCGAUAGUUUGGAGCUGGCAGUUAACUCCAUUUUGAAAUAUUUCCAUAACUAAGUUAGGUAUUUAAGUUUUAAACAAUAACAAUAGUACCUUUAAGUACAUAUCGGAUGUACCUACUGCGUCCUAACCACAUAAACAGUGUGAAUCCCUACGACUCACUGAAGGUAUGACUCAGAUCUGCCGGAGCGGUAAUGAGCCCAAGUCAUCUCGCAAGCGAGGACGUCUCUAUGAAAAUCUCAGGAGAACAAUCAUGGGAACUUUAACCUACAUCUUGUGUGUGGCGAUCACUAUGGCGCUCGUCCACGAUGCUGUUUGCAGCCGCUGCCCACCGCGCUCCAGGGUCCCCGGCUACCAUCAGUCCUGCACCAGCGACUACGACUGCCAGCACGGCAUGGUCUGCUGCCCCAACUGGUCCAACACCAAGUCCUGCGUCUACCCGGCCCCCUACAGCCAGAGGAUAUCACUGAAUUACAUUCAGAUCGGGCCGUUUCGUGAAUCGCAAGGCUGGUCCAACACCGAGUCUAACCGGCAUCAAUGAAAGUAAAUUGGGGCUCCCGAAAGUACUGUGAUGGUACGAAAUGCAUGCCAUACGAAGUCUGCAAGCCUGAUUAUACUAGAAGACUGAGAUGCCAGCUUCCUUAACUCGCGAUUGUCAUCGUUAUUUAUAUUAUAUUUUAUGUGUUUAUAUUCAACACAAGCAAUCUCAUUACUUAGAGAUAAAUCUAUACGAUUAAAUAUUUUAUAUGUAUAUAUGUACUGUACAUUCAACAUUUUUGUAUAAUGACAUAAAUAUAUCUGAAAGUUGACCACUUUCCAAUUAGUCAUAUCAGAUACUGUUUUUAUUAUGUGAAAAACACUAAAAUAGGUUUAUGGAAUAAUAAAUCAGGUAAUUAAUAUAAAUAAAAUAAUUAAAUAAAAAUCACUUUAUCGCAAACUUAGUACUUAUUACAUAGUUUAACAUAUUAUAAUAAGUUAAUUUUAGUUUAUGAGAUACCGUUCGUAUAAAUAAGGUGACAAAGGAAUGUCUCAGCUUCUGUUAUCCCCAAUAAUAAUAUGCUGGAGAGAUAACGCUGAUUUUCAGACAUUUUUUUUUUAAUAUGUAUAACUGACAACAACAAUUAAAAAGAGACAUGUAAUUAUUGCAUUUUAUUGUUUUAUUAAAUACCUACCUAUAUUUGUUAAAAAUUUUCCCCAGCCAACAGUAGGUAACAACAGCCAAGUAGUAAUAUAGGUACAUAUUAAGUCAAUAUAUUUGUAAGUGUGCAAAUAAAAUAAAUCUUAUUUCAUAAGUUGUGA